AUGAAACACGUUAAAGAUCCAGCUUCAAGUCUGUCAUUCACAAAGCAAUUGAAUGAGCACCUUUCUAUAUCAUUGAGGUAUAGUGAUGGUGAUUGUGCUGGUGCUGGUCCUGGUGCUGGAGAAACUAGUUAUAAUACCAAUAACAAAACCACCACCACCAACAACAAUGGUUAUAGUGCUCAACAAUUGACGCGAACUUGUGUACUUACAAUCACAAAUAUUGCAAACAACAAAAUUAUAGUCAACCCAGAAAAUGGUCUUUCCAAAUCAGAAAAUAGUCAUUACUCCAAUAACCUCAAUGGAUCCCAUGGAUCCAGAAGUAGUAAUGGUGAAUCAAAAGAAAUGCUUAGUCACGAGUCGAGUGGUAAAAUUGUGCUAUUCCUUGGCCACAUACAAUUGUUUGGCUACGUGGUGCUAAACUAUAGAUUCACACAAGACUCGUCGUCGUUGGAUAUGCACAGACCGCAGCAUUGGUGGAAAAACGGGACAUACCUUGGAGAUUACGUGGACACUAGAGAAGGAACAAGAGCCAGCAAAGGAGAGGAAGGUGAUAAUGGUGAAGAGGAGGAAGAGGAGAUGGAUAGAGAAUUGAAGGUCGAGUCUACUCCAUUCAUUUAUGACCAUUUACACACUAAGAAAUUGCUUGUUGGAGGCAAACUUGGUGGCGUUGGUGACCUCGUUGCUGAUGUACCCGAACACGCCACAACUGGAAAAGCCCAUUUUUUACAUGACUUGAUUAGCAACUUUGAUACAUCGCCACCGCUGCCAGAUAAACCACCAUUGGAUGAAUUGGUUGAAUCUAUAGUCCCAUUCUAUGCAACACCGCAAUCAUUGUUAUUCACUGACCUUGUUUUGGAAAAGGGCGAGUCGAAAAAGUAUGAGUUUCAAGUUCCCCUAGACACACGGCUUCCGCCAACUUAUAACGCCAGGCUGACGGGGAUUCCUCAAGACCAAGGGUGGACAAGUGUGCGAUAUUCGUUGAUUAUAAGUCUAAGUGAGGGAAGUAUGAUGGAUGAGCCCAAAUCGGUAUACUUUCCCAUGUAUAUCAAACCAUUUAAGCAUCCUACAAUUAGUUCAUUGCAGAGGCUAUAUUAUGAAGACCUGUUUGGCUUGGACAAGGAGUGGAAAAUAUUGGACGUGACAAAGUAUUCAAAAGAAGUUACUCCUGACGAUAUUGCCAAAAGUGACUUUAUGCUAGAUUUAGAAACAUUGAUUGAUUCUGACUUGUAUAAUAUGCCCAAAAUUUCAACUAGUGAAAGACGCAGAAGGAGAAGCAGUGGGAACUUGUUACUGCUGGGUAACACUAGUGUUGGUUCUGGUGCGGGUUCUGGUGCAGGUUCUGGUGCUGGUGCCAUUGCCAUAGGAGAACACGACUACGAAUAUGUUACACAAUUACCAUCGCAGUUGCGAACACUGUAUCAAUUGAGGGCUAAUAAUGAGGAUCUUUGCAAGGUCCUGAUUUCCAAACCAUACUAUAACCUAGGAGAUGAUAUACAUUUCGUUAUUGAUAUCAACAUGGGCAAUGAAAAUAAAAUCAUCGGGUUGAAUGGAUACAUUGAAGCCAUGGAAACGUAUCAUGCAGGGGAAGGUGGGAAGAAGAAUGUGGAAAAUGUAUACAAAGUUACAAACAAUUUGAAAGUGAAUUUAUUGGCCUCGGCGAUAACACAUAGACUGAGCCGGACACCGAGUUUGGUGAGCGACUACAUCAAUAUCCCCAAGUUCCUAACGCCGCAAUUCCAAAGUAGGAAAUUCAUGGAUUUGAAAUACCAUUUAACUUUUCAGUUCAAUUUUGCGCAAUUACCUAUUGACUCGCAAGAUUCGACUACUCUACUGGAUUCACAAAGUACGCUGCAGAAUCCACUGAAUGAAUUUGUUCCUCGAGACGCACUCAAAGGCGAGCUCGUGGGAAACAGUUGUACCUUCCGAGUACCUUUGUAUAUCGUCCAUUAA